UGGAGCAACUGUUCAGUCUGAAGCCAAAGGUAAAGAUGGCCAACCAUUGCUUCUUCUCACGGCAUCAACUCUCAGAGUUCGCAGUUUUGACCAGCUGUCCCGUUUGCUACAGAUUGCUGUGGAAAAAAAGUUAAAGGAAACACAGGCAUGCCUUGAAGCUAACAGAGAUCCUAUAGUGAAAAUUCUUGGCCCUGAAUAUGGGCCCAUUGAAGGAGAAGAUAGGUCCAUGUUGCAUUCACUUGACAAAGUGAAAAAAGAUGAUGACCCUGAAACAGAAGUCAAAAUGAAAAUCAAUAGUCUUCUUCAUCAGCUGGAUUUGCAACUGCUUAAUAGUUCUUUGAAACACGUUUCACAAGAUGUAAGACUAAAUCCAGCUGCUAUAAAUAAUGAAGUGAAUCUUCUCAAGAAUUUCUCUGGGAAAAGAGAAGAUACAAUACUGGAAUCACUGGAAUAUACAUCAGAUUACACAUUCUCUAAUGGAUGCCGAGCUCCCCCCUGGAGACAAGUGCAUGGAGAAAUUUGUUAUUUAGUCAUCAAACCACAUGACACUGAUCCUUUGUAUAUCACUUGCAGCACAGCGGGAGUGUUUUUAAAUGGAGGUCAGCAAAAGGGUAAAGAUGACAUUGACUAUGAAAGAAAAAGUGAUAUAUAUAAAGAUAUUGUCACAUUUUUAAGGGAGAGAUCACCUAGAUUUGUAGAAAAUAUGGCUAAACAGGAAUAUAAUUUUUUAAAAGAACCAACAUAUGAGAAGAAUUAUCAGUGUAUGGAAGUAAUUGAUGCUAAGGUCUCUGGCGAAUCCCAGAACCUUUAUGAUUUUUCAGAAAAGAAUGUGUGUGAAAAAGUGAAAGGUUCUGGAGCAAGAAGGAGAUCCAUUGACAAGAAGAAAUCGGAACCCUCUAUGAAUAAAACAUCAGGCAGGUCUGAAGACGUUGGUGAAAGUUCCUCAGAGACUGAGACAGACGAAGAACAGCCUGUCCGUCAUCAGGAAGGAAAUACCGAUGAUUUGCCAUCAGAAUACUGGGGAAUACAGAAACUUGCAAAAUAUUUAAAGGGAGGUAAUCCAACAGCAACUGUAAUUGCAUUGUGUUCAAUGAGAGAUUUCAAUCUGGCUCAAGAAACUUGUCAGCUGGCCAUCAGAGACAUGGGAUGUCUUGAAGUGUUAAUUAAUUUACUUGAUACAGAAGAAAUUAAAUGUCAGAUUGGUUCAUUAAAAAUCCUGAAGGAAAUUAGUCAAAAUAUACUGAUCAGACAUGCAAUUGCAGAUCUUGGGGGCUUACAGCUCAUGGUGAAAAUACUGGACUCUCCAGAUAAAGAACUAAAAAGUUUGGCAGCUGAAACAAUUGCUAAUGUUGCUAGAUUUAAACAAGCACGAAGGACAGUAAGGCAGCAUGGAGGAAUCAAGAGAUUGGUUGGGCUGUUGGAACGUGUUUCAGUGGAGUCAACCAAUCUAACGCCAUACCAAGCAAAAGAUACUGAAAUAGCACGCUGUGGGGCUUUGGCACUCUGGAGCUGCAGCAAAAGCACCAAAAAUAAAGAAGCAAUCCGUAAAGCUGGUGGCAUUCCAUUAUUAGCUAGAUGGCUCAAAUGUUCACAUGCAAACAUCUUAACUCCAGUAGUGGGGACACUACAAGAAUGUGCCUCAGAGCCAAGUUACAGACUUGCAAUAAGGACGGAAGGAAUGAUUGAGAACUUUGUGAAAAAUCUAAGUAGUGAACAUGAGGAGCUUCAGAUGCAUUGUGCAAGUACCAUAUUUAAGUGUGCAGAAGAUAAAGAAACGCGUGACCUGGUUAGGCAGCAUGGAGGUCUACAACCGCUGUCUGUUCUGCUUGGUAACUCUGAAAACAAACAACUUUUAGCAGCUGUGACAGGAGCAAUCUGGAAAUGUGCAAUCAGUGGAGAAAAUGUGUCAAAAUUUCGGGAAUAUAAAGUCAUAGAAGCUUUGGUAGGACUGCUUACUGAUCAGCCUGAAGAAGUCCUUGUAAAUACCAUUGGAGCACUGGGAGAAUGUUGCCAAGAGCCAAUAAAUCGAAUUACUAUCCGUAAAUGUGGUGGAAUACCACCUCUAGUGAAGUUCCUUACUGGAACUGAUCCUGCACUACUUGUGAACGUCACCAAAGCAGUGGGAGCUUGUGCAACAGAACCUGAAAAUAUGAUGAUAAUUGACCGUCUAGAUGGAGUUCGUUUGUUAUGGUCAUUGUUGAAAAAUCCUAAUCCAGAUGUUCAGGCAAGUGCAGCUUGGGCUAUUUGUCCUUGCAUCGAAAAUGCUAAGGAUUCUGGGGAAAUGGUUCGAUCCUUUGUUGGUGGCUUGGAACUGAUAGUCCGUUUGCUAAAAUCAAAGAAUAAAGAAGUUUUAGCAAGUGUAUGUGCAGCCAUUACAAAUAUAGCUAAAGAUGAAGAAAAUUUGGCUGUUAUAACAGACCAUGGAGUUGUCCCUCUGUUGUCCAAACUAGCAAACACGAACAAUGACAAAUUAAGACGUCACUUAGCAGAGGCCAUUUCCCAGUGUUGCGUGUGGGGGAGCAAUAGAGUUACCUUUGGAGAGACCAAGGCUGUAGCUCCUUUAGUACGUUACUUGAAGUCAAAUGAUCCAUCAGUUCACAGAGCUACAGCUCAGGCUUUAUAUCAGCUUUCAGAGGAACCCAGCAACUGUAUCACCAUGCAUGAAAAUGGAGUGGUGAAGCUCCUACUGGCUAUGGUAGGCUCUGCAGAUGAAACUCUGCAGGAGGCAGCAGCUGGUUGCAUAGCGAACAUUCGCAGAUUGGCUCUAGCAACAGAAAAAGCAAAGUAUGGCUGA